AUGGCUGAUCUGGAGAAGGAACUAGACUCAUCGAAGAAACGAGUUUUGCGGGAGAUCAACGAUAUUGGCUGGAAGAUGGUGUCGCAUCCGAACAAAAAGGACAAGUCAGGCUGGGCGUCGUCGACGGGCAUUUUGCAUCGUGCGCUAGGCAGCGUCGCCGAGAUGAGCAAACCUAAUCUGGACGAUGACUUGGGAAUCUUUGGUACUGAUAAGGGAGCUGCCGUCGUCGAACAGAUGGGCUUGGUCGUCGAGUACGUUUUAUUCGGGCACCCUUUUGUCGCCUAUGUGUGGGAUGAGAAUCACGAAGCGGGAAUCCUCAAGUUCGUGCCGAAGGGUCAGACUGAAGUCGAUGUGCUCCAAUACCUGAACGCGAUCGACUCUCCCAUGAACCAUACGGUUCGUCCAAUACAGGUCCGGUCGACUAGUCAGGGGACGUUUGUCCAUUUGCCUCCAUCCGGGGGUUGGCUUGGGUGUCUCCGAGAUGUGGACGAACACUUGAAGGACACUGCAUUACAAUUAUUCGAGGCGGUCGCGUUUAUGCACAAACAUCGCGUAGCCCACCUGGACCUGAAGCCCGCAAACAUUGUCAUUCAGCCGGAGUAUGGGAGACUGACCAUCAUAGAUUUCAGUCAUUCGAUUCGCGUCAAACGCACUAGUCAAACGGUCACUGGCCUGUUCGGCACGGAGGGGUACAUCGCGCCGGAGAUGGGUGAGAUAUCAUAUGAUCCCAUACGAGCUGACUUGUGGUCUUGUGGCAAGGUUGUUGAAGAGUUGUGUGCUCACUGCAAGUCGCCUUCGCCCAUCCAUGAGCAGUUAGUCGGUAUCGCGGGGCGGCUGAUGAGCCCCGAUCCUCUCCGGCAGCCCAUCAUGAUUGAGGCUGUUCGAAUGCUCAAGUGUUCUGAUACAAAGCCUGCAUUUGGUCAUCGCAUGAUCGGUGUUUUAAAGUAUGUAGUAUCGUUUUUAUCCCUGGGAUGCACAAGAAACGUCACCCUUCAGUCGGAUUGCAAGGAGACAAGUGUGGUCACGAACUAG